AUGAAUACAGGCUUUUCAGGAAGAACCAGCUGGAGGACAAAGGGGGAAGUUGCCCUUUAUGUGGGAGAGCAGUGGGAGAGCUUUGCUGUGGAGUCACCUGGGAGUUUACGGAUCAUGGUUAGCAGGCAGAGAGCAAUGUGGGAAAUGUUGUUAUGGGUGUCUGCUACAGGCCACCUGAUCAGGGAAGAUGGAGCCUCUUCAGAUAAUUGGAAGGAGCCUCGUAUUCAACAGGCCCAAGUCCUCAUGAGAGACUUUAACAACCCCAGUACCUGCUGGAGGGACAAAUCAAUAAGGCACAAGCGAUCCAGGAGGCUUCUGGUAUGCAUUGAUGACAAAUUCCUGACCCAGGUGAUCAAGGAGCUGACAAAGGGAAGCACUCCUACUGGACUUCAUACCUACAGACAUGUGAGAUGUGAAGGUGAGGUUACAGUGCAAACUGGAGACCUGUUGCCAUGUAGGAUUUGUGGAAGAACUUUCUUUCCAGCAGCAUUGAAAAAGCAUGGACCCAUUUGCCAAAAAACUUCUGCCAAGAAAAGGAAGACAUUUGAUUCCAGCCGACAGAGAGCAGAAGGAACUGACAUUCCCACCGUAAAACCUCUAAAGCCACGGCCAGAACCACCAAAAAAACCUUCCAACUGGAGAAGAAAGCAUGAGGAGUUUAUAGCAACUAUACGAGCAGCCAAAGGACUUAAUCUUAAAGACGGUGGAAAACUCCCUCCACCACCUCCGCCAUCGUAUGACCCUGAUUACAUUCAGUGUCCAUAUUGUCAGAGGAGAUUCAAUGAAAAUGCAGCUGACAGACACAUCAAUUUCUGUAAGGAACAAGCAGCACGUAUUACUAAUAAGGGGAAGUUGGCAGCUGAUACCAAAGGGAAGCUUCCUACUCGAACACAGUACAAACCUGCUGCAGUUAAGAAGAUGCCUUCUGUAGGAUCAACACCAUCAUCAUCAUCACGUUUACCACAACCAAGUGGUGUUAGCAAAACUGUUGUAGGUGUGUCUUCAAGUAAAGCACUCUCUUCAUCUGCAUCCAGUGGGAGCAAAAUUCAGACAUUAUCACCAGCUCAUAAAAACUCAUUGGGAAUGGUGAACCCACAAGCAGGUAAGAUGGACAAGUUAGGCCCACCACUGCGAACUGGAAGAGAUGUGCAAAGGUUUUAUGACACUGAUACAAAAACAGACAGUACCAUCAAAAGACCAAAUGAGUUGUUGCCUAUAAAGAAAGGUGCAACAAAAACACGGACAUCGACCCCUCCUAGUGUGUCAAGAACCAUGAGCACGGGUGCUCUGACAAACAAAAGAAAAACUAGCAAUUCUGACAGUUACUCAAGAUCUGACGGUAAAAUUGGUUAUGACAGUGGAGACUGCCCAUCUUCAGUCAAUGGAGGAAGUUCAAAAAGCAGCGAAGGAAAUUCACCUGUACAGUUAUCAAAGUUCUGCCAUGAAUGUGGAACAAGGUAUCCAGUGGAAUGGGCGAAGUUUUGCUGCGAGUGUGGAAUUCGAAGAAUGGUUGUGUGA